AUGAGAGUAUUAAAUAUCAUCCCAGUGUUUUUCUUAGUGGGUUCAGUCUUGUUACUAAUCCUUACUAUCAUCAAUGGUUCAGGAACAUCGUCGGUGUUGGGGAGAUUCUAUUGGUCAGAAACCGAUACAUCCGGUCUCACUGGUGUUCCAUACAAUAAAACAAGAUGGACAUUUUAUAGAAUAUGUGGGGUUGAUAACAAUAAGAAUGCUCAUUGUGGGAAAUCAAAAGCAGCAUUCCCUUAUUCUCCUGAAGAUAAUUUUGGUCGAAAUAGUGGUAUUCCUCAGAAUUUUAUUGAUGAUCGGGAUACUUAUUAUUAUUUAUCACGAGUAGGUUGGGCAUUCAUACUUGUUGGAUUAUUCUUUGGUGUGGCAGCAAUGGUUGCUGCACCAUUAAAUUUCUGUUAUUUUGUGGCUGGAAUUGUCGGUCUGACAACAGCAUUUGUUUCUCUUUUAUUCACCAUUACUGCUGCUUGUUGUAUCACUGCUGCUCAUGUUAAAGGUCGGCGAGAAUGGAAUCGGGCCGGAUUCCCCACUGUUCUUGGUGCCAAAUCGUUUGGUAUUUUAUGGACUGCAGUUGCCUGUUUGAUAAUUUCAUUUGUUAGUUUAGUGGUGGUAACUUGUCUUUCUCGUACAUCUAGAAGAAGAACAAGAAGAGGAGGAGGAGGUGGUGGUGGUGUUGGAGUCACUGGUGAAUCCGAAAUGAUACCAAGAGGUGAACAAGAAACCUAUGCCAAGGAAAGUUCAGGAGAAAUUCCUCGUGGCGAAUACGAAUCAGGGAAUCAUCCUACUAAUGCUCCUGGAGAAGGUGAAAGACUCUCUAAUGCAUCAAAAUUCAGAUUUUUUAGAGUUAAAAGAGCCAAACCAGAAGAUGUUUGA